AGAUCGGAUAAUAUGACCACGUAGCACGUCCCUCCAGGCUCCAAUAAGCGAAAGAGUUUAAUUUGAAAUGAAAUACCAUUUCAAUACUCUACCUCCACCUCAAACCCUCAUCCCAAUCCUUGUUCUAUAAAACCAAAAACACCGCACCGAAGGUGAAGGCAAAACCGCGAAAGAUGUCUCUAGUAACGCACGAAAUGAAGGCCAAAGCUGAAGUUUAUUAUGGGGAUGAAACAUGCAGAGAAAAGUUCACGUUGUUGUUACAAGAAAAGGCUUGCCUAAUGGCUUGCUAACUUUGCAAGACAUACAGGAAUGUGGGUACGUUGAGGAGACCGGCUUUGUCUGGCUCCGGCAUAAAAAGAAGAGGGACUUGAACAAGUUUGACGAUGUCGUCAUCAGCUACGAAACUGAAAUUACAGCUUAUUUCGAGCCAAACAAGAUCAAGAAUCUGACUGGUGUCAAAGCCAAGGAGUUCAUGUUUUGGGUCACCUUAACAGAAAUCUCCGUCGAAGAAUCUCCUUCUGCCUCAAUUACGUUCAAGACUCUGUUCGGCUUGUCCAGGUCAUUCCCGGUAUCAGCGUUUAAAGUUCAGAUAGUCAAUGAAGAGGUGAAGGGUUUAGUGGAGGAAACGAAGGAGCUGGGAAAAUAAUGCAAGAAAGAGAGCUUUCUUUACUUGCAUGUUUAAAAUUUCUUAAAUCUGUGUAUUUAUUGUCCUUUGAAUGUUUUAAACAGCCUCCAUUUGUUUAUUUGUAAUUAUUUUAGUGACCGAAGGAUGUCAUGAUCUAUUUAUAUAUGUGGAAGGCAAAAUCACUUGAUUUUAAGCAAGGUAGAGAAAAAGGGAAGAAUAUGCUGAAAAAUGCUUGUUCGGAGAGAAUAUGCUUUAUAGUGCCCAAUUCCUGCGUUCCAUCUU